GCCGCUUUAAUGUCAUACCUCCACUGCUGGUUACACCAGUGCCACCAGUUAGUACUUCGCUAACUAUCAUCGUCUUCGCAGUCGUCGAUAUUGGCGUCGACACCGGAGCAACGCCAACAUCGGCCAUCACGUCCGCUGAAAUUGCAUUUCCUGACGUCCAACAAGUUGGUCGAUAUAUUGUGAAAAAGUGCAGUGUUAUUUUGUGUGGAGAAGUGCACUUUCGUUUGCACCAAUAGCGACGCGUCAAAUUAGCGGCGGGAUAAGCACCUUGGAAAUUAUAAAUGGACAAAAUGGAAAUCGAGGUGGGGAAUCCUUCAACGCCCCGUACAACAUAUGCCGAAAAUGCCAUAAAUUUCUUUUCGUUUCACUGGAAGGGUUUAGUCGUGUUCCUAACACCGCUUCUUGCCCUCCCUAUUAUGCUGAUGGACAACACACCCGCAUAUCGUUGCUUGUAUUUGCUCUUGGUCAUGGCGAUAUACUGGGUUACUGAAGCCUUACCGCUUUAUGUCACUUCUAUGAUCCCUAUAGUCGCAUUUCCCAUUAUGGGCAUAAUGGGCUCCGAUGAAACGUGUCGACUGUAUUUCAAGGAUACCUUGGUGAUGUUCAUGGGUGGCAUUAUGGUCGCACUUGCAGUCGAGUAUUCAAAUUUACAUAAACGUUUGGCAUUGCGCGUUAUUCAGAUGGUUGGCUGCAGUCCUAGAAGAUUACAUUUUGGCCUUAUUGCGGUGACAAUGUUUAUAUCGAUGUGGAUUUCCAAUGCUGCCUGCACAGCAAUGAUGUGUCCAAUUAUUCAAGCUGUUUUGGAAGAACUGCAAUCGCAAGGAUUAUGCAAAAUGACACAGGAGCCGAAAUAUCAGGUUGUCGGAAAGAAGAACAGUACCGCUGAAGAGGAACCUCCAUACCCAUCGAAAAUGACAUUGUGCUACUUCUUGGGUAUAGCUUACGCUUCGUCUAUGGGCGGAUGUGGCACAAUCAUUGGCACAGCAACAAAUUUAACAUUUAAAGGCAUUUAUGAUGGUCGUUUCCCGAAUUCCGCGGAACAAAUGGAUUUUCCCACAUUCAUGUUCUAUUCGGUACCAUCAAUGUUGGUAUAUACGGGCCUGACAUUUGUUUGGUUACAAUGGCACUUUAUGGGCUUGUUCCGUCCAAAGAGUAAAGAAGCUGAGGAAGUUAGAAUGGGCCAAAAUGGCGCAGAUGUGGCCAAAAAGGUUAUCGAUCAACGUUACAAGGAAUUGGGUCCAAUGAAAGCGCAUGAAAUACAAGUUAUGAUUCUGUUCAUCUUCAUGGUGAUUAUGUAUUUCACACGUAAACCUGGCAUUUUCCCUGGAUGGGCGGACUGGCUCAACGCAAAAGAUAUUCGUAAUUCAAUGCCAACAAUAUUUGUCGUCGUUAUGUGUUUCGUUUUGCCAGCAAAUUAUGCGUUCUUGCGGUAUUGCCUAUGCAAGCGGCCGUUCACUACUGCUCCCACACCAUCAUUGGUCACAUGGAAGUUUAUUCAAUCAAAAGUACCAUGGGGUCUUAUUUUCUUGCUUGGCGGCGGUUUCGCACUCGCUGAAGGUAGCAAAAAAAGCGGUAUGGCAGCUAUGAUUGGCAAAUCCCUUGUUGUACUAGAGGGCCUUCCCCACGCCGUUCUUCUAUUGGUGGUAAUAUUAGUGGCUGUAUUUUUAACGGCGUUCAGCUCUAACGUGGCAAUUGCAAAUAUCAUUAUUCCUGUGUUAGCUGAAAUGGCUGUGAUAAUUAAAGUUCAUCCUCUGUACUUAAUAUUGCCAGCUGGGCUUGCCUGCAGUAUGGCAUUCCAUUUGCCAGUGAGUACGCCACCUAAUGCUUUGGUUUCUGGCUAUGCAAAUAUUAGAUCAAAAGACAUGGCAAUUGCUGGUAUUGGUCCAACAAUAAUCAGUGUGGUCGUAUUGUACGUUUUCAGUCUUACGUGGGGUACGGUGGUGUACCCUAACUUGAAUUCAUUCCCCGAGUGGUUGAAUGGAACGGUAGCAGCAACUGCCCAUUAAUCAUCAACACUGCCGUUGGGGUACAGAAUUUAUGGUGUGCGAUGUAUAUUAUCUACUUUUUCAAAAAAAUAUUUAAGUCCCAUAUACAGAAUGUAAAGUCUUUAAUUAACUGAAUGUGUCUAAGAAAGCAUUAGCUUUUGAUACUGUACAAACAUAAGUGCCUGCAUAUUAAUGUUUCCUCACAACAAUUCUCAAUUAUAACAAUUAGGGCAAGCACAUUUGUAAGUAAGAACCUACUAUAUUGCAACAACUUUGUCUUUGAGAUUUUCAACCCCUCAAUCAUUAAAAUAAAAUUUCACUUUAAAAGAAAAUAUUUCCUUAAUAAUUUUUGCCAAUAGCAAAGCAACUAAAUAUAUAAUAAAUAUUUAUAAUAAAUAUUUUUAUGAAUCUGGAUACUUAAAAGCAAAACUGAUAACGAUAUUUGCAUAUAGUAUGUAUGUAUAUUAAAUAUUAUAGAAUAUGUGUAUAGAAAAAGUUGUUCUGGUAAUUCUGCAUACAGUUGUAUUUAAAUCAAAACGAAACGGAACAGCGUCAACAAAAUUGUGAAUUCUGAAAACCUCAUAUCAAUGUUACUUAUGCGUUUACACUGCAUUUAUAGUAGGAAGAAUUGAAAGUACGAAUAGUUUUAUUAAAGAAUAGUCAAAUGUAAAAAACUAUUAUACAAAAACAAAAAUAUAUACAUAUAUUUAAAAGCAAUGGAUAAAUAGUUAGAAGAUGUUCGCAGCAUUCGACACUCCUGGAAUUGACAAAAUACAACAAAUAUACUAAUUAUUGGUAAUAUAUAUGUAUGUACGUGUUGGAGAUAUAUGUAUGUGGACUGUAUAUUUAAAAAAUAGACUGAAAAAUUAUAAUAACCACAAUUUCAAAUUGAAGAAAAGAAUGGUGCAAAAGAGUGUUAUAUUGGAAGAUAUUGUUGUAAUAAAAGUACACGACACAAAAUUAAUGUAUUUUCGCACAACAUUGUACUUAUAUAUCUUUGAUAAAAGUGUAAAUUUGUAAGUGUUGUAAUCGUUAUUUAUUCAGUGAGAAUAUUAAACAACAAAUAAAUGCACAAAAACUUGCUAUUUUUCUAA